AUGUACGUGCUCAACAUCAUACGUCCCUCGCGACAUGAUAGGCUCGUCGGCGACCAUCUCUACGUGCUCAACAUCCGCAACAACCCCUACGCGCUCAACAUCCGCGACGACCUCUACGCGCUCAACGUUGGCGAUGUACGUGCUCAACAUCAUAUGCGACAUGAUAGGUACACUACCUUCUGCCGCUGCGGCUCCUGUUUACUCACCGUCUACGCAUUGAUCACCAAGUAUCAGACAAGCAUUCCCUGUCCUCGUCGUGCUGCCCCUCGUAUCAUCUGA